UUUUACAAUCUGAGCUGCCGCUAGAGGGCAGUUGGGUCUAAGGGCAAACGGAAGUGGAAGUAGAUGUACACUUGAUUUCCAACGAAGAAGAAUAACAAGAAAUUAAAACACUCACGUUUGCUCCCUUUCCUGCGCAUUUACAGCGUUUUUCUGGAUUACUGCACAUUAACAUAAGAAGGAUAAAAUGCCGGUAAUUUGUGCAGCAGCCGGGUGCAACAACAAGUUUGUCAAAGGGUCGGAAAUAAGAUUUUACAGGUUUCCACUCAGCAAGCCUCAACUUGCAAGCAAAUGGGUGCACAGCCUGGGGAUGAAAAACUUCAUCCCCACAUCCAACACCUGCCUGUGCUCAGAGCAUUUCAGGACUGACUGCUUCAGAGACUACAAUGGUAAACAGUUUCUGAGGGAGGAUGCUGUGCCCACCCAAUUCAACCAUGGACAAGAUUCAUCAAAGAUUGAACUUCGUAAAAGAGUGGUGGUACCAAAGGAGCCAAACACCGUAAAUCAAGUGGGAUCACAAGCGGACAGAGACAGAGCGAGAGAAGCUGCCAAUAUCCGCAGGGAGAAAAGAGGAGGAAUGAGGGGUGGACGAGGUGGUCGUGGAGGAAAACAACUGUCUGACAGGCUGAGCAAUGCAGCCAAAAGCAGAGUGUACGACAGCAAGGGUCGACUGCUCUCUAACAACGCUGACAUGUGUGACUGUCUGGACGUAGACUGUAUGGGCUGCUUUUAUCCCUGUCCCGAAUGCGGCUCACGCAAGUGUGGGGUAGAGUGCCGCUGUGACCGGAAGUGGCUUUACGAGCAGGUGGAAGUUGAAGGUGGAGAGAUCAUACGGAACAAGUAUGCAGUUUAGUUUGCAGUGACUCUUAGGUUUCAAAUGCUUGAUGAUAAUGGAACCAGCGGGGGUUCUGGGAAGUUUCUAAAUGCUCCAAGUCAGACUGGUUUAAACAUUCAAGACUGUGAUGCUGUUUAAAGCAGAAGCUUUUUGAUAACAAGGAGCAGACAGCAGUUGUUUUGAUAAGCUGUGGAAUGUAUUUCAAUCCACAGUCACCUUCAUUUUUCACCAAGAUCUUGUAUUAAUGAUGGGAGACACAGACCACUGUGUAAACACCUCUAGAGCAUAUUGCAAAGUUGCUCGCAAAGUUUCAGUUGUUGCCUCUGUGGUGGUCAGUCAAUGUGUGAAAAAGAUGACUCAUGUUUCCUGAACUAUUCUUUCACAAUUUGAGUCUGAUAAAUCCUGGCAUUCUCGUCUUGGAAUAUGCUUGGAAAACCUGGUCAUUCGGUAUAUUUAGGUUGUCAGUUGAACUCAAAUCUUUAGAGGCAUAAUGUUGCUGAACCUAGGCAUGACCAACUGAAGCCACCCCAGAUCAUAACACUGCCUGUACAGGCUUGUAUGGUGGGCCAAGUAUUGGUCCAUGGGUGUGCAUGAGCUGAGUGUACAUUUCCUUAUUCCUGUUUUCUCUGUUUUGUUGUAAAAACAUUUUGGUGUGUCACCAUGUGUUAAUAAACUCUUUUAUAGACA